AUGCCGCCACGUAUGAGAGGAAGAGGAAGGGGACAAGGAGCAUAUGCAGCCCCAAAUGACCAUGAAGCCGGACCUUCGCACAGGCGAACACCUUCAGGCUCCCAUAACACAGAUACUCAAAAUCUGUGGAGGUCUUUUACUGAACCCGCAAGGCACUCGGUUUCACUGAGUACCUCACCUUCUAUCCCACACUCCUUUGGGCCUCAAUCAGAAAAUGAGCCUCACAACUCUCACCAGUCCUAUAUUCCUCUCCAAGGACACCAAUCACCCUUUGACCACCCAUCACCUGUUUUCCAAGGCCUGUACAACCCUGCUGACUACCUUGAUGUGCCUAUGGGUUUUAACCCACUCGGACCAGAAGACCAUUUUUCUGGUGACAAUGCGAUGGACGUCGAUGAAGAUACCGACCCCUCAAUGCCACCAUCUGGAACUCCGAACCACCCUAUCGAGAUUUCUGAUGGGUCACCUUUUCCACAACACAGCUCUCCCUUGCACCUCCAGCAGCAGCAACAGCAGCAGCAGAAUCCUUCUGAGGAUUCCCGACUUGUCGCGGUCACUCCACCGCCGCCACCACCUCCGGUUUUGCCUCCUCCGCCUCCAAGGUGA